CUUUGCUACCAUUUAUGUUCGUUAUAAGCAAGUUCAUGCUCUGAAUCCUGAAGAGAGUCGUAUCAUCAAAUUAAACAAGGCUGGCCUUGUACUUGGAUUACUGAGUUGUUUUGGACUAUCUAUCGUGGCAAACUUCCAGUUGGAGAGUACUCCAAGACCAGAGAGAGUUGACAUAAACUAUGUUCCUGUUGAUUGCCUGCAUCCCUAGGUGCCAAGCCCCUUAUAUGAGGAAGUAAAGGGAGGAGCUAUGGCUCUUCCAGUUUUUUCUCAGGGAUUUCUUUAUGUUAAAGUAGCAGUCAGCCUUCAGCAAAUAUUUGCAAAUGCUCCAUGUUCCUUUCUACUGACAUUCUUUCAGGGGAGUCUUUGGUAAUACAAGCUGCAUCCUAAGCAUAUAGUGCUUUCCUUAUUAAUCCCUGCAGUCUUUAAAGUUUCAAUUUAGACAUUUGAUAACCUGUUUAGACAUCUAGUAACUAUUCAGACAUACAAACACACCCUCAUGGUACAAAUACAUGUAUAAAGUCAUAUUCCAUCUCUUUUUUAUUCAAGUUCUCCAUUCCUAUAAUGCCUCUGAUUGGUCUCUCCUAUUUUUCGGUUUUUUAGUAAUGGUUAAUACUAGUAAACUCUAUAAGUAUAAUCCAAGUGGAUAUUAGGGUAAUGCUUGCUGCUAUAACAAAGUACAAAAUUUCAAUGUCUUAACACAAUUGAAGUUUAUUUCUUACGUACAGGCAUCCAGUGCAGGUAUUUUUGGUUGAUAGAUGGCUUUGCUCCCAUAGUGAUUUAAGGUCCAGACACUGUCCAUCUUUGGGCCCUGCAAUUCCCUAAGACUUUACUGUCUAUUGCAUCUAGUUUUCUGAAACAGUUGAAGAGAACAUGCAAAAUUCACACCUGCUUCUUAAAAACUUUGACCUGGCAGUGACUCACAUUAUUCUACUGACAUUCAUUUUUACUAGAUGCAGGAGUGGCUAGGAAAUGUAAUCUUGCUAGGCAUCAGUUCCCAAGGCAACUCUAUACUGUAGGAAGGACACAGAAAUUUUUGUGGAUAGCUAGCUAGCUGUCUACCACAAAUAGGGUCCUGCCUUCCCUAAUCAGUUUGUAUAGCUCAGUGUUUAAAAAUGCUCCAGUUAUCCCUUGAUCAAUUUAAAAAUAUCUCUCACCACUGUGUGGUAAAAAUGGAUUCCAGAGUGACCUCCACGUUUAACAUACACAUUCCUUGUUUUGUUUUCAGCUUUCAUUCUAAUUUCACAUUCAUCACAAGGUCCCAUAGACCUUGUAAUUUGGAAUCAAGUUACUUUUUUCUCUUGACAACAUCUGUUUUCAUGCAGCUUUGGACCUGUUAGAUGAAUCUGUUCUACAUCUUUUACUGAUGGCUUCAUUGCUGGACCCUAUUGAUAAGCAGACCCUGUAGCAUUACCCAUAUAUCAAACAAUUCUCCUUCCUUCCUUUCUAAUGUAAACUUUCACUGCUUACUUAAAGUGGUGAAUGCAUUGCCCCUUUCUCCUCUCCCCACUUCUCUCUUACAGAGACCAACUCUAGUUGAUUUGUAUAGGAAAAACUGUACACAAACAAGGUCUAUAAAUGGUUUACAGUUACAGAGCUUAACUUGGAAGAGAGGCAAGCCCUUUGUUUUAAAGUAGGGACUGGUUGGUUUUAUCUCUUAAAUAUUUCUUGAAGGCAUCUGCUUCUUUCCAUUUUUAUUUCUGCUGCUUCUACCAUUUCCUUCUCAACCAGUUUAGAUUUCAUCACCUCUCCUCUGGAUUACUGCUGUAGCCUCCCUAAUAAUUCCUCUGAAUUCACUGUUACAUCCCUUUAAUUUGAUGCCUUAGCCAAAGUAAUCUUUUGAAAUAUAUGUACACCUUAUUCUGUUGCCUUGUACCCCUGCUUAAAGCUCACAGGUCCAGGGUCAUAUGAAAAGAGAAUCGAGAGAAAAAAAAUAAUUAAACUGCCAAACGGUUUAGUUAACUCAGAGGUCUUUUGUGAUCUGGCUGCUGUCUACCUGUCUAGCGUCAUUCUGCAUUGUUCCCCCUCCUGGUAUUGUACGUGACAGGGGUGUUUCUGUGUUCCUUAGAUGAGACAGGUUUACUUAACUCUGUUUCAUACAUUGUUUUUUCUGUUGCACAUGCCACAAGCCCCAAGCCUAAAUAAAUGUAGGCAGACUGUUUCCUUAGGGAAGUCUUUCUUGUCAAUUGAUUUCCUUCUAUAUAUUUCAGGUUUUCUUUCUUUGUGUUCUCCAAGCCUCUUGAAACUAUAAUGCUGUGCAGUACUUCUUAUAAUCUAAUUUUGUCUUUAUGUUUUUUAAAUGUAGUUUUAAAUGUUUUAGUUGAUAUAUGUCUCCAUUAAUUAUAGCUCAGUGGUUUUGUUCACCAUUGCAUAUGCAGCACCUAACAUAGUUCUUAGCACAAACAUGCUCUCAUACUAAGUAUUGAUAUUUGGUAACUUAUUGAGAGAGGCUAAAGAAACUAAGCAGGAUGGAUAAAAAAUUCUCUUGCAAUUACUGUGGUUGUCUACGUUUAAAGAGACCUAAUAAUUAUAACAUGGCAUUUGAAAACUCUGACUUAAAAAAUACGUAUUUAAUUUCUUUGGAAACAAGUGUGUAUAAAAACAUGCAGCAGGGGAAUUCCCUGGUGGUCCAGUGGUUAGGACUCUGCACUUUCACUGCCAAGGGCCCGGGUUCAAUUCCUGGUUGGGGAACUAAGAUCCCGCAAGCUGCGCAGCCAAAAGAAAAAAACAAAAAAUAUACAGCAAAACAAAUAUGUGUCCUUAGUGCCUAGGAAUUUUUCCCUUCCUGUGUCUACUAAAAUAAAAUGUGCAAUGUGAGAGAUGUGAGUUGCUGUUUUAUUUGGGGAGUUAGUGAGGACAAUAGCCCGGGGGCAGCCUCUGACAUAGCUCUGAGAAACUGCUCCAAGAGGUUAAGGGGGGAGGUCAGCAUACAUGUAAUAUUGGAGAAAGGGUAUGUGCAGCCAAACACACAUCUUGGUAGAAGGUUGCUGCUAGUCACAAGGCACAGAUAUCAUAGUUAAUGAUUGUAGUGCUUUUCUAAGUAUGGGAAGAUGCAAGAAAUUGGAUUCAUAAAAUUAUCUUCUGCAAAUAUCUGUCUGAAGGCCUGUUCUGCCAGUUUUCACAGGGCACAGAGUGCCUCAUUCCUGAUCUCUGCCCUGAGCUCCUUUCAGAGUGUGUUGAAGCUUCAUCAAUAUGUGAAUGAAAAAUGUUUCCCGCCAUAUCAGUAAACAAAGGAUAUUGCAGCCAUCAAGCCACUACAGCCGCCCCCGACAGUGAGCCCUGAGGGAACUCAGGAUGGACACAAAUGGGCUGCCUGCUGCCAAGCCCUCAGCCACUGCAGCCACCCCGCAAUGGUGUACCCUGAGGGGACUCAGGAUGAGGACUGGAUACUGGCCCUAGAUAGCUAAGGUGCUUAUCAAAGGAAUGAUUUCAAAAACCACCUUUUUUGCUGUACAUGUAUGUGGAGCUCUGCUCACCUUUGGCUUGGGCUCAUUAUACAUGUUUGUUCAGACUAUCCUUUCCUACCAAAUGCAGCCCAAAAUUCAUGGCAAACAAGUCUUCUGGAUCAGACUACUGUUGGUUAUCUGGUGUGGAGUAAGUGAAUUUAUCAUGCUGACUUGCUCAUCACUCUUGUACAAUGGCAGUUUUGGUGCUGAUAUAGUACAGAAACUCCAUUGGAACCCUGAGGACAAAGGUUAUGUGCUUCACAUGAUCACUACUGCAGCAGAAUGGUCUGUGUCACUUUCCUUCUUUGGUUUUUUCCUGACUUAUAUUCGUGAUUUUCAGAAAAUUUCUUUACGGGUAGAAGCCACUUUACACGGAUUAACCCUCUAUGACACUGCUCCUUGCCCUGUUAACAAUGAACGAACACGGCUACUUUCCAGAGAUGUAUGAUGAAAGGACAAAAUAUACCUGUGGUGAUUAUGAUUCUCAGGGAUUGGGGACAUAUUCAUGAAAGUUACUUAUUCUGCUCUGAAAAUUUCAACCAGUUAAUGAAGGCUGACAGUGACAUCAAAGAAUCCUGAUAAUCAAGAGACAUGAAUUAAGUCAUUUGAUGUUAAUUUAAAGGAUAUCUUCAAGAGGACCAUGUAAAAACAUUUAUGCAUAUACUUUUUUUAUCCCAGAAGAUAAAACCAAAGGACUACAAAAUUGUAGAUUUUUUUCUACUUUUUUAAAGAAAAGCAACCAGAAGUGCACCAACCAGUCUGUAAGAUCCAGCUUUUCACAUUUUAAAAAUCAUUACAAACCAUCUUUUGUUUGGAGCACUUAUGUGAGAGAGAUGUUUCAGGACCCCAAAUAAUCAGCAGUGCUCAACAGCUCCUUUAGAAUUGGGUUUUGAAGUAAUACUUUUACCAUAUUAAUAUGUUUCUUACAGUAUUUAUAAAAUUUAUUUCUUCUGGAAUUCGUUAAAGGGAAGCAGACCUGAAUUCAUGUGAGCACUUUUAUUGCUUAAGCUUUGCACAAGAGAUUCUGUAGAUAUUGAUCUGAUUCCUGCCACAAGGCCAGAUACUAUGCUAACUGGUCUAUACACAUGCUUGUGAUAGUUUCAUGAAGCUUAGUCUCUGAUAUGAGAUUUUAAUUACUAAUGAAUGAGAAAAGUAGCUAUAGGCAGAGUUACUGCAGUUGUGUUUUGCAUAAAACAGUCGUUAGCGUUCCUACACAAGGCUGAGAAGCUUGUGAAUAACAGCAAGUAUAAUUAAAAAUAAAAGUCACCUUAAACUGCACUCAAGAGCGUCUUACGAUUUCCAUUUAUAGCAAAUUACAAUUACUUGAAAAAGUAGCCUUGAACAGGCAAAUGUUGAGCCAUUUUUAAUGGGAUGUGAUCUUUGUAUAAUAGAACCCAAAUUCUAAGGGACAAAAUCAGCAAUCCAGAAAAAUUAGAUAUAGAAUAAUUGUGAUUCAUGCGUCCACCAAAAUAAUUUUCUUUCUGGUCAUGCAAGUGAUUGGAUAGCUUCUACUUGGAUCCCUAUCUGUGCAGAUAAAGAAUAGUUUACAGAUCCCAGAUAAAAUUCAAAAGAAGAAAAUGUUUACCUGGGAGUGACAAACUGGUUUGCAAAAGAAUCUUUCUGAAGAAGAUUAACAGGGUUUAUCUUUUUAGAAGAAUUGGGCCCGUAGCCCGAAGAAAAGAUGGUAAGAAAAAGUUUAAAGUGUAAGAGGGAGCAAUUUAAGGGAAAAUGGUUGUGUGGUGGAACCAUAUAUCUCAAUUAUGAAAAGGUUGCUAGUUAUAGAACUCUGAUAUUUCUGAAGACUUCUGAACUCAUAAGACAGAAGAUGGAAUAAAAUACUGUUUAGCUAUAUCAAGCAACAGUGAACAUGGGAGACAUUUCAACAAACAUUGAUUGAAAUCUGCCAUCACUAGAAAGAAAUUUUCAGUACAAACUGUAAAACAUUCUUAUCGUGCCUCUGAAAAUCAUGGUGCAACCGCAUCUGGGAAACAGCAUCUAGUCUUGAUUGCUGUCCUUCAAGGAACUGUAAUUCAAGUUUUGAAGGACCAUGGUGUGGUAAGAGGAAAAAUGAUAGAGUCAAAGUUCAUAAAAUUAUAAAAAGUUACUUGGAUAGUAUUUUAAUUCCAUUAUUUGACUUUUACCCUUAGAAAUAACGUGGGCUAAAGACAUGAAUAAGUUCAGAAAGGGAUUAUAAAUAAAGAGAAGUUUUUGAAUGUG